AUGUACUCUCCAUCGGUGCUUUCCACCGAUUUGUAUUCGCUUUGGAGAACUCCCGAGAACGGGCUUUACAAAAAUGGCGACGAGGAACACAAAAGUGGUCAUAACCAUCGUUCGUUAUACGCUCCACCACUUCUGGCCUAUUCUGCUGAAUAUCCAGGUGCCAGUUUAUACCAAUUAGAGUACACCAUAUCGACCCAGGAGGGUACUCGAGGGGCCAAUUUGCCUCCACAAACACACAGAAAGCUAGAACGGAUUCAGAGGAUCCGAAAUACUGGAUAUACUAGCUUAAUUCCAAUAGGGUUGAAGAAAACCAUGCGACAAAUUGACGCCGAAAGAGCUCACAAUGUUGGUGGAGACGAAGACGAUGAGCCGGAAAUCACCCAUAUGGCGGAAAAUGUGCCUGGAGAACAUUUAAGGAGACCAAAUGGGGCAGUUGAAGGUGGAGAAUUGGCAAAUGAAGACAUGAUGAAUAACACUGAUUCACAAAUCAACUCCAACUCCAACUCAAAUAUGAUGUCUAGGAGCAAUGAUAUGGGCUCUUCAAUUGAUUUGGAUGCUGGAGUGCCCAACAUGGACGAAUUGAAUUCCAGUAAUGGGACCUUUGUCACUGAAGAUGACGAAAUCGAUAAUGAAGAAGAACCAAUUGCGCCCCAUCUUGGGGACUUGCUCAAUGAAGACGAGGGGUUUAUGGCAGACGAAGUGGAGUACCAGGAGGAUCAUAGUUUUGCGUCGGAAAUUGGCAUUAUUCAGCCACAAAUGGAGGAGGAGGAGGGAUGA